AUGAGUGGCCGCGCGCCGCUGGCCGAGAAGGCGCUGUCCGAGGGCUACGCGCGCCUGCGCUUCCGGGACACCUCGCUGCUCGUGUGGCAGCAGCAGCAGCGGGAGCUGCAGUGGGCGCCGGCCGGGUCCUACCUGAGCCGCAGCCGCAGCACGUGGUACUCGCAGUACGGGAACCAGGCCAUCUUGGUCCGCGACAGGAACAAGCUGGAGGCCCCCCGGGACACGGGCCAGUCCAAGUUCUGCACGGUCAUGUGACGG